AUGUCCACUUCAUCCAGUUUCCAAGUUCCUCAGAAGCGUAUCCUAACGCAGGAACAGCUAGCAGCAUUCCAAUCGUCCAAGGCGCACGAAGAUGUCCUGUCGUACAUUCAGAAACUAAACGACUCAGUCAUCGGGUCAAAACUAUCCGACGAAUGUUCCACUUCCCCGGGUGUAGUUGGGGUUCUGGAUAUACUCCAGCGUGUGGAGGAGAUCGCGAAGGAGACACCGCCAGUUGAGAACGCAGCUUCGCGGUUUGGCAAUCCGGCGUUCAGAACCUUCUAUGACAAAGUUGGAGAGGUAGCAGGAUCUUUACACGGGAAGAUCCCCAAUUUAUCUCAGGAGGCCAUACCGGAGAUCGCAGUCUACUUUAAGGAGUCCUGGGGCAAUCGACAGCGGAUUGACUACGGCAGUGGCAUGGAGCUCAAUUUCCUUUGCUGGAUGAUAUGCCUUGACCGACAGGGUGUCUUCGCAGAAUCUGAUAACCAGGCGUUGGUCAUUAGGGUCUUCUGGAAAUAUAUCCAAGUGAUGCGUAUCUUGCAGUCAACCUAUUGGCUAGAACCAGCAGGAUCACAUGGAGUGUGGGGACUCGAUGAUUAUCACUUCUUGCCGUUCCUCUGGGGAUCUGCUCAAUUACGAGGGCACAAGUACAUCCGACCUAAAGCCAUUCACGACCCGGAAAUAGUCGAAGAAUACGCGAAAGAAUACAUUUACUUUGCUUGCAUUCAGUUCAUAAACUCCAUCAAAACUGCUUCGUUACGAUGGCACUCUCCGAUGCUUGACGAUAUAUCAGCCGUCAAAACCUGGGACAAAGUCAAUUCGGGCAUGAUCAAGAUGUAUCUUGCCGAGGUCCUGGGCAAACUUCCUGUAAUUCAGCACUUCCUUUUUGGAUCUAUUCUACCGUACGAUGGGCCCGCUGCUCCGAUAUCAGCCUCAUCACAGGACGACGAGCAUUGGGGUCACGCUCAUACACUUGGUGGGGCUGGUGGGGUUGGCCAAAGGGAGGUCGGGUGGGGUGAUUGCUGUGGAAUUCCAGUGCCUUCUGCCUUCGCGGCUGCCCAAGCAGACAAGGAAAAGCUACCAGGAUUACGGUUAGCAGGCCCUGGUAUACGGCCCGUCCCUUUUGACUGA